AUGCAGAGGAUGAUGGCCGCGUUCGAGGGCCUCGGUACCCGGUCGACAUCGACGACGACGACCUCUGAGAGGCCGUGUCUCGUCGACACGAAAGGGAUCGGGAAACCACAGCCGCUGCGCGGCGACAACUGGCCCUCCUUCUGCUUCAAGUACAUGAAUUUCAUAUCCAGCAUGUACCCGACUGCGCGAGACCUCCACGAGUGGGCGCAGAGCCACGAGGACACGAUCCGAGGCAUCGAGGAGGCGAAGCAGAUCGACCCCGACGCAGAGCGCAUCCAGAACCAGCUGUACACCGUGCUGGCGCAGCUGGUAGAGGGCGAGUCCGAAGAGAUCGUGCGCAACUGCGAGAGCCACAAGUACCGCGGCUUCGAGAGCUGGAGGAGGUUGGUCCGGCGCUGGGACCCCAUGAACUUGGGGCGCAAGAGGUCCAUCCUCAUGCGGGUUCUGAACCAGCCAGAGCAGAAGGUGGAGAACCUCAGCAGCGCCAUUGAAGCAUGGACGCAGGAUAUCACCCGAUACCAGCAGAGGGCCAAGAAGACGAUUGACGACGAUAUCAAGACAGCCGUCUUGAUUUCCAUGUGCCCGAACCCACUGAAGCAGCACUUGCAGUUGAACCAAAACCGGUUUGACUUCUACGACGACGUCGUGGAAGAAACCACCCAGUACCUGGAGACUCGCCGGGCCGGCCAGCUCGACAAGCCAGCGCCGAUGGACAUCUGCAGCCUACAGAAGGGCGCCGGCAAAGGCAAGAGCAAAGGCAAGGGCACGGACGCGGGCAAGGCGUCUGGCGGCAAGGGCAAGCAGCCUUUCCAGGGCUACUGCAACAAGUGCUGGGAGCGGGGCCACAUGGGCAAGGACUGCACGAGCGGCAAAGGCCGCGACGCCGACAGCAAGCCACGCGGCGUGCGUGGCAAGAAGAGGCACGCGAGCAAGGACUGCUGGCACGCGAACACGGGCAAGGCCAGCAAGGGCGCGCCGAAAGGCAGCAAGGGCGGCAAGACGAAGAAGGGCGGCAAGAAGGGGCUUCACGGCAUGGAGACGUCUGGGGACUACGAGGACCAGCCGGAGCCGGAAGUGGGGGGCCUCGAGCUCUGCGCGGUGGAGAGGGCCGAGCAGGGCACUGGGCUGUUCGACGACAUCUUCCGGACGGCGCUCGAGAGCCUGGACUCCAGCGGAGUGGGAGACUCCGCCCCCGAGCCGCCGGCAGUCUGCGCGGGUCGACCCGCCGACGUGCCAGAGCCGACUGAGAAACGCGCACCAGUCAAGGAGGAAGGAUUGGAGGUGUCGGGUCUUUACUCGCCGAAGUAUGACCAGGAGUAUGAGGUGAUAGAAGCAGCCGUGGACAGCGGCGCCGCAGUCACCAUCAUGCCAGAGGAGAUGCGCAGCGACCACCCUAUCGACCCCGACGGGAGCGGCAUCGAGUACAACGCAGCAGGGGGCCAGACGGUCACCGACAAGGGCCAGAGAAAGUUGCAGGUCGUGACAGAGAAGUGGCAGCAACGGUCCAUGAAAAGCCGCGCCGGGCCGGUCCGCCGCAUGCUACUUGCUGCCAGUGAUCUCGUGGGCCACGGGGACCGGGUUGUUCUCCAGAAGAACGGUAGUUACGUGAAGCACAUCGGCACGAAGCAGAGGACACCUCUCAAUCGCGCCAACGGGAUAUUCCUCAUGAAGUUGCGGGCAAAGAAGAACAGCGCGCCUAAACAGCAAGUCGCCGAGGCCGCAACGAACCCGAUGGAGAUAGACCAGAUGAUCGCAGCGUUCCAGAAGCUAAAAAGCACCGGGGGCACGCAGGUGCCCACGGGGAGCGUGGUCGAGUCGAAGGUCGCUGAAUCCAUGGGUUUCUUCCGGCAGGUCCAGCCGCAAGACCGUCGGAGGCCAAAGUUUCACCACCAAGAGGGCGGCUAG